GUGCCAGACAAGAUGCUGCUCGAGCACACGUUCAAGGUGAUCGCCCCCAUCGUGGCCAAGGAGAAGCGCACGGCCGACGAGGCGCAGCAGGCCAUGCAGGCCGCGGGGCAGGACCGCCUCAAGGAGGCGGGUGCGAAUGCCGAGGAGAAGCGCCCCACGGCCGAGGAGGAGCAGCAGGCCGAGGACGAGCGCAAGGCUUUGGAGGAGAAGGAGGCGGCGGAGGCCGAGGAGAAGCGCCAGGCCGAGGAGAAGCGCCAGGCCGAGGAGAAGCAGGCCACCAAGGCUUUGGAGGAUCAGCGCCUCAAGGAGGCGGCCGAGGCCGAGGAGCAGCAGCGCCUCAAGGUGGCGGCGGAGGCCGAGGCAAAGUGCAAGGCCGAGGAGCAGCAGGCCAUCCAGGCCGCGGAGCAGCAGCGCCUCAAGGAGGCGGCCGAGGCCGAGGCGAAGCGCAUGGCCGAGGAGCAGCAGGCCAUCCGGGCCGCGGAGCAGCAGCGCCUCAAGGAGGCGGCGGAGGCCGAGGCGAGGCGCAAGGCCUUGGAGGACCAGCGCCUCAAGGAUGCGGCCGGGGCCGAGCAGGCAACCGACGCGCGCUCGACGCGCGGCGCCAGCGGCUCGGGGGCGAGUCGGGUGAGUGGCUCAGCCGCGGGAUCGUUGAAUUUCCUCGAGGUCUCGCGCGCCAGCCAGUCGAAGCACCACAAGAAGUAG